UAAGCAGCAAAAUAUUUGACGGUGCCUUUUUCGUCCUCACUGGUAGCGGGUACCCUAAAAUCUCAGCAAAACCCUAAAUUUGGUUGCUGCCAAAUCCCAAAUUCCAACUGCAGCCAGCCUGCCAUGGCGCUGAGCACUCGCCGCACUCUGAGCCGCACCGUCUCCAAGCUCUACCGCUUUCUCGCGGCCAAUCCCACAAAUUCAAUUUCUUCAGGGUCAUCGGCAAUCCCUCCUCAAUUCUUCCACGCGCAGUCGCCGUCGCACGAGAAGAAAUGGUCACUGCUCCUCCACUCGCGCGCCUUCCGAUCGUCCUCUCCUUCCCUGUUCUCAUCAUCAUUCCGAGGAGCGGCGUACGGAGGCGGUGAGGGAGAGGAGAUUGGGCCGGACACAAUUCUGUUCGAGGGCUGCGAUUACAACCACUGGCUUAUCGUCAUGGAUUUCCCCAAGGACCCCAAGCCCUCUCCCGAGGAGAUGGUCCGGACCUACGAGGAGACCUGUGCCAGGGGCUUGAACAUCAGUGUGGAAGAGGCAAAACAGAAAAUGUAUGCUUGUAGCACAACCACUUACAUUGGCUUCCAAGCUGUUAUGACCGAAGAAGAGUCUGAGAAAUUCCACGGUCUACCUGGAGUUAUUUUUGUACUCCCGGAUUCUUAUAUCGAUCCCCAAAACAAGGAGUAUGGAGGGGAUAAAUACAUUAACGGAACAAUCAUACCAAGACCGCCCCCAAUUCAGUAUGGGAGGCAGACGGGAAGAUAUCGUGAUCGCAACAGCAGGCCCAUGGACCAACCAAGAUAUAAUCGACAAGGAGGAGAACCGGCACCACCAUAUCAGCAGCAGAGAAAUCCUCCAUAUGGUUAUCAAGGAGGGCCGAUGCCAAAUGAGCAAGGGAAUCCCUCGUAUGGUCACCAGGGGCCUAUGCAAGGAGGACGGAUACCGAAUCAGCAGCAGGGCAAUCCCAUGUACGGUCAUCAGCAGGGUCCUAUGCAAGGAGGAGGAGGUGCCACUGGAAGGAACCAUGGACCCACACAAAACUAUCCAUCCCAAGAGAAUUAUGGUUUCCCUGGACAGGGAGAAAGAAGAGAUACUAUGCCGACGAAUGCUCCCUCUCCCGGCGGUGGGAAUCCUUACCAGCAAGGAAACUACAAUCAACGGACUCAAGAACAGAGGCAAUGGGGGCAGUCAGAUCAGAGGAACUUUGCACCUCCUAGUCCCAGGCAACAAGGUGGUUUUAGGGAAGGCUACAGGAACGAUGGACCAGGAGCGGAUGGAUAUCAAGGCCAGGGGUUUCAUGCGCAAGGGGGAGCCGACUCUGGUUCUGUUGGGCAAGGAACAACUUCUAGUUCUGGCCAUGGGCAAAGUUCUCCUCCUCCUGGGUAUAGUCAAGGUCAAAACUUCUCCCGUGGAGAGCAAUGGAAUUCAGAAGGACAGCAGCACCCUAACUAUCCACACAUGGGGCGAACACCAACUGACCAAGAAAGAUAUUGAUGACGUUUUAGAUGUUUCUUUGGGAGGAGAUUUGCAGGGAUUUUUCGAUAAAGUUGUGAGUCACAUGUCUCUUGCAUCU